UUUUCUCCCUUGCACCGAACAAAAGCCCCCAAGCUGUUGACAGCCCUCCCUUGAAAAAAACCGAAAAUCCCGGAUCUGCUCUGCUCCUUCCUUCCUUCCGUCGGCUGCUCUUGCUUGUAGGUGUGAUUUUUUCGGUUCUGGUAAGGGGAAAUAGCCAUUAAUUUCUCUUUUCUUCCUUGAAUUGGCUUGGGUUUACUCUAAAUCCUCUUGGUUUCUCCCAAUUUUCAGUAGAUUUCUUGAUUUUUCCCCUGCACUUCCGUCGGCCUUCCCCCAAACUGCAGCUCCGGUUUGUUUGCUUGCAAAUUUUGAUAUGUGACAACCCUUUAAACCUAAAAUUAUGCAUUAGUUGCUGAAUUUGGUCCAGUUGAUUGCUGCCCUAUGUUGUCUGAAUUUUCGCUAAAAUGGGGGAUGAAUUCCGGUAGCUUUAGGACAAAAUUUAAGCAUUAAUUCAAGUGGGAUUUAUGUGAUUGAGUGUUAAUUGACUACUGUGAGAUUUUGGAGAAAAAUCCCGUGAGAUUAGCUAUGGUUUUGCCGAUUUCUGGAAGUUGCAGUUAUUGUUCAUUACGUAAUUACCGUUCACGGAUACUGUUUAUGGGUACUGUUCACGCACUAAUGGCCAGCAAUAAGAGGGUUUAAAUGUGUAGUUAUAUUGAGAAUGAAAUUGAGAUGUCUGGUCAUAUGGUUAUUAAUUCUAGAAUAUUGUGAUUAGGUUCUUGAUCGUUUUGUCACCCUAGCACUUGGGUUAAGCUUUCUGUUCUAUGCGAUUUAAGGUAAGUAAAUUAGGUAAUGCUCUUCGAUUUUAAAGCGUACUUUAAAUUGUUUUUGAGAUGGUGGCAAGGUUUAAAUUGAUUUUAAAUUGAUUUUAUUAACACCAAGCAUGAUUGAUUUGAAAUGGAAUUAUUUUUUGUUUUCAUUGAGUAGAGUAUGCCUACUUGGAAUUUACUGAACUGCUCUGAUAAUUUGAGAAUUUUUGUAAAUUAUGAUUUUCUGUUAAAUCCAUGCCCACAUGGAAUUUUCUGGUUAUUUUUGAAAUUUGAGAUUGAUUGUGAAUUACGGAUUUCUUUUGUAAAUUCUGCAUGGUUUUGUCUCUGAUAUGGUCAUGUUUUAUUGUGCCCGCUAGUGGGAGGUUUAUAAACGCUAGCACAUGUCGACAUGUUUACUGAUAGGACCGGUUCAUUCUGUAAUCCUACCAAUGGAAUAAUACAUUGGUUAUUACUGAAAUCAUGCCAAUGGGAUAAAACAUUGGUUACUACUGUGCCAUUUAGUGGGAGGUUUGUAAAUGCUGGCCAUGACUUAUAGAUGAGACUACUACUGAAUUUUCUUCUACAUUAACGGUUUAUCAUUGAACGCUUUCUAUUGAACUGAAUUUGAUUCUAUAUUAAUGGUUUAUCAUUGAACAUUUUGUUAUGGUAAACUGUUUAUCAGGCAUGCUAAAAUUUUACUCACGGGCUAUCCAUAUUUUUACUUACUGAGAUAUUUUAUCUCAUAAUUUUCCUUGUCCACCAUUUUAGGAAGUGAAGUCAAGGAUGGGGAAAAACGAGGGGAGUGACGAGUUAGAAGGCUAGCCAUCUUGUAAAUUGAACAUGGAUUUUAGAUAUAAAUCAUGAUCUUGUAA